AUGACUGCUCCUACCUUACAAGCCAAUACGGCGAAAUGGACCGGCCAAAGAGCUGCCAGACUCAGGAGCUUCAUCGUAUCCCUUAUCUCCCAGCACAAACUGGCGGACGCUCCGGAAUGCCGCUCUUUUGUGCGCGCUACCGGCAACACCCAUGGAUCGCAGCGUGGACACCACCAGGAGCGUAGAUGGUUCUCUUGGUCAGACUGUCAUGCGUCCCCAAUCACGAGUUCGUCUGCUGGGGUUCCGUCGUCUAGGCAUGGCCUGUGUCAUUCUCCUGGAGCCAAGACGGAAAGCGAACCUACCUUUGACCAGGCUGAACAUGCUUUCUCUGUCUCUGCAAAAUGCGCCCUUAAGCGUAUCUCACAAGUCGCUUUUGGUCCGCGCUAUCAGCUGUCGCGGCAGAACUCCGUCGGUCGCGUGCUUGCAUGCCUCGCGGCCUUAGGAAUGACAGAUGACGCACGGUAUCUCCUUGAUGUUUGUGUGGGAAGGACACGAGCCAUCCACGUGGAACUCAAGAAUACAAACGAUGUGGUAUCCGUGAAUGUGGCGGAAAUGACUCGUGGUGGCAACAGUGCUCGAAGACGCAGCGAUGACGUGGAGGCGCCGGGACGAUGCAGCGAAGCCAGAGAUUCGGAAAUUGUCGGGACUCUCAUCGAGGAGUGUCCACUGGGUACCUUCGCCGAUUUAGUGAGCACGUUUGCGUCGCUGGGGCUGAUCAAUCCAAAGUCUGUGGAGGCGCUAAAGAGGCGCGUAAAACAGGAGGAGCACACGUUCUCUGCGCGGACCUUGACGUAUUUGUCUUUGUCUGCGAAGGAACUACCGUCGCCUCUGGAUGCCGAGUUCCUCGAAAGCCUCUGCCCCGCCAUAUCCAGUUGCCUUUCCCGACAUCCCGAGGCGUUCACGCCGCGCUUGAUUGCUCGAUUCGCGAAUGCAUGUGCCCGCCAUUGUUCCUCUGCUCAGAUUCAAGGCAUUUUGGAUCUCCUCGAGCGCAGAAUGGUGGAUACAGUCCAUGAGUUCGACGCCGCGAGUCUUGUGCUUGCGUUAUGCGAGUUCGGGAAAACGAACACCACCAAGAAGCUGUCACUGUUUUCAGCGUGCCUCCCUCGUUUGCAUGCGAUGGUUCCCUUUUUGACACCCGUGGAUACAGUCAUGCUUUUGGCGACACUCGAAAAUUUCUGCUGGAAGAGUUCUGGUGCCUCUCCAGUCUGGCCUGCUUCUGGACCAAUUAGGGAACUGGCGCAUGCAGUUCUUCGGCGGCUUCGCGACGAGGGCACUGCAAGUUUCCAGUCAGAUGCAAGGUCCAUCUGCCGGCUUCUGGAUAUUCUGUCUCGCAUGCCUCAGGACCCGGUCGAAGGCGCCGUCUUCGACGCUGUCUGCACGGCUGUCGGGACAGUUGAGAAAAAAAAGUUCACGGAAAGGCAGGUAGUUGAAAUUAUGAAUGCGUGCAGUCGUGUUCAGCAUAUGCCACCUCUCAGUCUUAUUUGGACCGUUUUCACCGCAGGACAGCGACUUUUGUUCAAGUGCGACCCGAAGUAUGUGGCGCUGUUUUGGCAUGCGCUACCCGGAUUUCUGAAUGUCGCGUCUUUGGAGUUGAAGCCCCCCGGCACGGGUGCGGCUUGCCGUUCGAGUUCGGACGGAAUCGAUGAAGAGCUGUAUGACGGCGUUAGGUGGAAGGAAGACGCAAGGUGGCCACUCAGCACCAGGCCACACCUGGAAACUCAAGCGGCCUCGACAGAUUCGCGUUUCGUUGCCGGGUCUCAAGCGCAAGCGACUUCGGAUCACAACGAGUGGCACAUCGAACAGGCGGAGCAAGAAAGGACCUCCCACCUGCCAGGGAAACGUGGGGGUUAUGUGUGUCUUCCACCUGCUGGUGACACCUCUCGCGGUGGCAACACUGGAUUUUCACGCGCUCAGAGCUCACGGCUAUCGUCUGACGUACCCGCAGUGGCGACGCAUCUGCUUUCAGAGCUGUGCAACCACCUCGGAGGGCGAGAAACACCACAGCAGAUAAAGGGCUCGCGCGCCGGGAUGGAAGGUGAAUUCUCCAGUGGCUCCUGGUCCGCAAUGCAACCCCGAGAUAUGGCGAUGAUCCUCAACGCCAUGAGCAGGAUGGAACUUGUACACCAUCGGGCUCUGUAUGCGGCCGACGCUGAUCUUCAACAACGUGGUCGGAUCACACGUUUCACCAUUCAGGAGCUUACUCUCACUCUGAAUGCAUUCAGUAGGCUCCGCUUCCAACUCUCCCCAUAUACAUCAAACGCAAUCAGCGAACGCCUAGAACACUUUGUGCGUUGCCUGAACGCCGGACACUCAUCCAGGCGGAAGACCGCCGUUCAUGGAGAAGAAAAUCUCUGUCUCACGUACCAGCAGCAGGCUCCAGUUGGACUGCUUUGUUGCUUGGCCAACAGCCUGGUAAAACUGGAAAGCCCGGUUUGCCAGACGUACGGCUUCCUUGGCAUUCUGGAGUUGAUUGUGGGAAUGUGCAGCGAUGGCGCACCUGAUGAGCCUUUGGGGGACAGACACCAACACAAGGGCGGAUUUUUAUUACGCGAUGGCGAAACGACGAAUCCUCGAGAGAUUCCCACCAGCCAAGCCACGCAACUGAUGUCGAGUUCAAAACAGGAAUCGUCUUCCGACGCUCUUGGGAGCGUGCUUAGAUUCCUGCAGUGUACUGAUCAGCCUCAUUAUGCAGAGCACGAAGUUAGAGACACAAAUCUCGACAACUCUCAUUUCACGGAAGAGAGAGUGCAACAGACACCCGAGAAAGUGGACGAUGGGGUUCGGUGGAGUGCGACGGCGCGGAACUUGUCUCUCGCCCUUUUCGCCACAACCUUCUGGUCAUACGUCUCACGAACAAGUUUGGCAGUGCCCAGCAGAGAAAGAGAGAGGUCGAAGCUCGAUGCUCCCCUGUUGCUUCAGGUUGUCAACGCAGUGGCUUCGGCCGCCAGGAAUGAAGGAUGGCGCCUUGACAACCCAGCCAGGCGUCAGUGUUUGAUGAGUGCCCUAGCGCUAUGGACUAUGUGGACGGAUGAACGGGCACUGAGCUUGCGGUUGCAAUCUCGAGUAAACCACCCGUUUCUCAAGUGUGCUCAUAUUAUUGUGAGCAUGCUGGACAUGAACUGCGAAACGACGAAUCCGUCUGACUGCAGAUCGUCGACAGUACAGGAAGAAGUAUAUUGUGCCAUGCAUGGCCUUAUGAUGCAACACGUCGUCCCCCGCGAUUAUCUUCUCAAAACAGAGCAUCAGGUUUUAUUGUAUACCGUUGACCUACUGCUCAUUCGUGAUGUACGGGGAGGCUCGGGAGAAGUACCAGGACAAGACGAACGUUCGACAGGGUGCUCCUCGACGAUUAUCUCUCUCUCAGAAACAACGCUACAGAGAGCAAACGACAGCUACACAAAAAGGGUGAACGCUACCUAAGAAUCAUCUAUUUCCGCUGUGAAAAGACAACUCUCUAGUCACCGGCCUGUGGGGGCCUAACUUUUGAAAUGGACGGCGGC